UUCAAAAAUAACCUAUUUCAGAUCUCUGCAUUUGUAAAUAGAAUAAAAUAAUAAUGAAACUACGUAAUUUAUUGUACUUGAAUAGUGUAUUUAAAAACCCGGUUAUUGUUUUUGGGCCGUUCGUUAGAAAUGCAUCUUCCAAUAAGAAUUCUUUAAAAUACUGUGCAAACAUUGUUAGACAGCACGACUAUGAGAAUUUCCUAGCGACUCUACUAAUGACGAAAGCCAUUCGGUCGCCAGCCCUGGUUGUAAGAGCUUUUAAUGUAGAAGUAGCUCGAAUACAGGACCAGACCACGGACCCGCAGACAGCAGCAUUCAGGCUUCAGUUCUGGCAUGAUGCGCUGACUAUAAUAUUCAAAAAAGACCAGAAACAACAAAAUAUUCCAGCAAAUCCUAUUGCACAAGAACUAUUCAAAGUGUGUAGCUGCUAUUCCUUACCUAGACGACAUUUAGAGAGACUGGUGACGUCGAGAAGUGGUUUAAUUAAAACACGCUACUUCCGUAGCUUAGAAGAUUUGGAAAGAUAUGCAGAGGAUGCUGUUUCACCUAUAUAUUAUUUGCUUUUAAAUGUAGCAGGUGUUGCUGAUAUACAUGCAGACCAUGCUGCUUCCCACUUAGGAAAAGCCCAAGGAAUAGCUAAUGUCCUUAGAUCAAUCUAUGUUUCAAAUAAUCAUAAAAUUAUGUCUCUUCCUAUGGAUAUACUCAUGAAGCAUGGUAUUAGCCAAGAGGAAGUUUUAAGAGGUAUUGACAGUGAAAAUAUGAGAAAUGUUACAUUUGAAGUUGCCAGCCAGGCUAAUAGUCACUUGGAAAAGGCCAGAAAAAUAGCAAUACCAAAAAUAGUGAAUCAAAUAUUUUUGCCUGCAGCUGCCGUUGAGGCAUACUUGAAAAAACUACAAAAAGCUAAUUUCAAUAUCUUUGAUAAGUCACUUCAGAUGCAGAACACUACCCUGCCGUUUAGUCUUUACUAUAGGAGGCUAAUGAAUAAAUAUUAGUGCUUAGUUUUAUUAUAUUAUGUAAUAAUUUAUCUCUAUGUUUAUAGUAGUCAUUUGUAGUUACUUAAUAUUAGAAUGAUUAUUAAUUUAUGGGAC